AUGCACAGAUCGGCAAGCUGGAGCCGGGCGGAUGAGUACUUCAUGCACCCAAACUCCUCCCCGUCAGCUGGGAAGGGGCCGUCGGGGCUACGGGUGUCAGUGUCGUUUGAUCAAGGCGGUGAUCAGCUGCCGGUGUACGAUCCCAUAGCAGAGCUGGCCAAGAAGGAAAGGUCUCGUGUUAAGUUCGCUGAGAAUGCCGUGCAUGUCAUCCCCAUUGUGCUUCUUCUAUGCGCCUUUGUUCUUUGGUUCUUCUCAAAUCCAGAGAUAGACGUGCGGAUUAAAACGGAUCCAAUAGCAGCAAGAAUUGAAGGACUGACGUUAGAGGGGGAGAUUGAGAAUGAUAGUGACGGGACUCAAACAGGCGGUCUGCCCAUGAUGGACUUGGGACUGGACUUGGAUCAAACAACAACGACAAUAUCAACAACAACAAAGCAAAUCAAACAUAAAUUAAAGUGA